AUGGUCGCCGCUUUGUGUCGUGCCCUCGAGUUUGGUAAUUUACCAGAUGCUUUGAUCUUCCGACCGCGGGAAACGUCUAACUGGAUUUCUCGUUACAUAACGCGAACGGAGGCGGAGGAUGAUUCGUUGUUAUUCAACCGAAACGCCGACGUCAAAGUCAUAGAUACUCCGCCGGUAAACAAAUUGGAACAUCACUGCGCCGUGUUUACAAGCGGGCGGAAAAAAUGGAUAACAAAGGGGCCGAAUUUAAAUUCCAAUCGAACUUUGACACAUGUCUGCCACCAUAAACAAUGGAAAUUCAAAUCAUCAUCGUUCGACAGCCGUCGGGCUAAUGCGUGGCGUGCUCUAUGGUUCCCCAGCUAUAAAUGGGAGCCUUUUCUUUCGCUUCUUCUUCACAAAAUGCGAGACGAGAUGGCCCGAUAA